CGAUGAUAAACGCUCGCGCAAUCCCCACUACGUGUUGCUGCCUGACCCGAGGAGAUUUUGCAAAUUUACGGAAAUGGGCCGGAGAUUCUGGGCGAACUGGCACUGUGUGGCUGCUCGGAUAACUUGGCAAGAUAGAGAUUGAAAUUUAACUUCCGUGAAGAUAUAACGUUAAGAUUGGAUGGUUUAAUCCUCUUUUUAGAUUCAGUCUUUUAUGUUUGCCUACGGGGUGACUCGUGGCUCUUCCGCACAAAAAUGUAGCGGGAUCGAUGGUUUACGCGUUUGCACAUACACGCGAAAAAAUCUAGUUACGGCUCGUUAGCAGUAUACAAUUAUUAGCCCGCUGUAAACUUCCACAGUAUCCCUCGUUUAACGGGCGUUGGCAAUGUGCAGCUUACAAGUCGUUAACUCGCGCCUCGUUUCAGAUCUUACGAUGUAGCCUUUCGUUUAAAAAAUGAAGCAAACGAUUCGGACAAACUUUGCUUUAUUAACGCGAUGCUGCGCGCUUGGUAAGAUCUGACUUUCGAAAAUCUCUUCUAUCCUCGUCUCAUGAAACAUAGCUCGGGUUGGAUAAACGAUAAUUUGUUCUUCCAUGGGAUUUCGAACAUGACGGAUCAUAUUCGUAUUCCUUCCAGACGGUUAGUCACAAUGUAUAUCCUCGUAGUGUGCUAUCUCGCGUGGGUAUCACAAGCUUCAGGGGUGAAAAACAUCACACACGGAGUAACAAGACACCUUAGAUCUAUUGGGUUUCCUGAGGGCAGCGGCAUGGGGAUAUUCUUCGCCCUCGGAGUACCCAUUGAUAUUCCCGACAAAUCGGUGCUAUUUUCUCUAUACUUCGAAGCGAAUUAUGCUCUGCCAGGGGAAUGGAACUCCACUUACUAUUCGGGCGAGCCGUCUCUUAAGAAGCGAAGUCUGGAUCGACGAUUGGCGUACGAAAUUCUUAUGAACAAACUAGAAAGCUUUGGUUAUUCUGGUGAAAAUUGUCUACUAAAGAUGAUCUGUGAAGUUACUAACUAUCCUUUAACUAGUAAUGGGGUGCUUGGCGAAGUGCUGCAAAUUUUAUUUACGCCAUCCUCUUCGCAAAAUGAAAAUCUUCCGAGCGAGAUCACCGAAGCCGAGCACGCGAAAGAUUGCAAUUACCGCUAUAAAAAAUGCCCUCAAAGUCCAUUAGCUUUGAUAAGGCGCCAUGAUCUCGACGAUAAUAGUUAGAAAAGCCACGAUAUUAAACGCAAUCUUCAUAGUACACGGUAUAGUUCACGGACUGCCGUCCGAUAAUGGAGUUUCUAAAAAACACAUAAAG